AUGUGUAAUUCAUGUCAUUUACAAACUGAUAUUAAAUUAUUUCAUUGUUCACAUAAUGGAUUAACAACAUUACCUGGAUUUAUAAAUGAAAAUACAAUUGAAUUAGAUUUAUCAUAUAAUUAUAUUGAAAUAUUACAUGAAGAUAGUUUUAUACGAUUACAUAAUAUAAGUAAAUUAAUUUUAGCUCAUAAUAGAAUAUAUAAAAUUACGGAACGGGCAUUUCUACCGAUUGUGAAUACAUUAAUUUGGUUAGAUUUAAGAUUUAAUCAAUUAAUAUCAAAUUUUCAUAAUCCAUUCCCUGUAUUAGCAUUUUCUCAACUUAUUCAUGUACGUUAUUUAGAUUUAAGUGGUAAUGAAUUGAGUUAUUUACCAGCAAAAUUUUUAUAUGGUAUGGGUAUGAGUUUAAAUCGAUUAGAAAUGAGUUUAUUAUCAAAUAAAAUUUAUACAGAACCAGAUACAUUCAAUGGUUUAAAUCGAUUACAUCAUUUAAAUCUUGCUUAUAAUAUAUUUGCUAAUCUUAUGGAAGAUGCAUUGAAUGGUCUAAGACCAGAACAUUUUUCUUAUUUAAAUUUAGAAGGUGUAAAAUGGAUAUGUGAUUGCCAAAUAUUAUGGUUUCGUCAAUGGUUAAAUCGAUUACCCAAGAAAGCUUUAUAUGUUAAUUCAAAACCAGGUGGAGAAUGUGAUUCACCAUUACAAUAUCAAAAUAUGGCAUUAAUGUAUUUAAAUUUAACCUCAUUACAAUGUGAACCGGAAUUAAUGCAUACUGUACCAUCUCAUCAUGGUGAUAAAAAUGAUAAAAAUAACGUAAAUAUAAAUCUUACUGAUCAUGUUACCACACCAAUUCAUGUAUAUGGUAUACAAGGUGAAAAUUUGACGUUAGUUUGUUCAUUUAUUAGUGAACCAAAAAUGCAUAUUCAAUGGUUUUAUAAUGGGAUAUUAAUACAACCACAUUGGUCACAUAUUAUUCAAACUGUUAGUCCUGGAAUAAAAUUUACGACUACAUUGUUUUUUAAACAAUUAGAUAAAACUAUGGAUGAAGGUUAUUACAAAUGUCAAACUAGUAAUUAUAAAGGUCAGGCUUCAGCUACAUUCUAUGUUCAUGUACAAAAAUCAAAUGAAAAGAGUAAUCAGUUACAAUUAAUUAACAAAAAUUUAAAUAAUGAACUAGAUUAUACUUUUUUAUUUAAUCCCAUUAUAAUUACUAUCUUUAUCGUUGUAUUUAAUGUUACAUUUAUAAUAAUUGGUUUAUGUAUAGUAAAAUGCAUAUACAAUAAACGAUUAUCUCAUCAAAAUCAUAAAAUAAGAUUGUCUAAUAAAGCAAUGAAAACGAAUAUUGAACCACAUAAUGUUAGUUAUGAGAAGUUGAUAACUUCAAAUUGUGGUCCGAAUAAUAAUAAUAACGAUAAUAUUCAGCCUUUUACACAGAAUAAUGUCAAUCCUAUCAAUAGUAAUCAAAAUCACAAGAUAUACACUGAUUUUAUUUCCAUAUCUUCCAAAUUACACAAUGAAAAUUUGAGUAAUGUACAGGAAAUCGAUAGGAUUCAACAGAUAGACAAUCGAUUAAAUGAUGGAAAUAAAAGUUAUCCAGGUGAUUUAUUAAAUAAUAACAAUAAAAGUAUAUUACAAACAAAAUUAUUAAAUCAUUCAAUGAAACAAGAAACACCUUCACCACAAAGUAGUGAUAUGGGUUAUUUAACAUCAAAUGCAUCUCAAAAUUGUGAAAGUCUAAUUGAUUUAAAUCCAAAUCAUAAUGAAUAUAACUCUUCAAUAAAACAAUUAAAACCUAGAGUUUAUUAUACAUUAAGUGUAAGAUCUGGAAAUCAUUCCCCUGAAUUAAUUUAUUCUUUAAAUAAAUCAAAUGAAAAACAUUAUAUAACAUGUUCAAUGGAUCAAGAUUGUUCAAUAUCUGAUAGCUCAUUAUCACCAAAACAAAUAUCUAGUUCACUUGAAUCAUAUUCAUUUCAUCAACAUUUUGGCAAGCAUCAAAAUAAUACAAACAUUUGUCAUGAUAAAACAUUUUAUCAAACUUCUUGUCCAAUACAUGGAUUAAUAAAUAAAAAUGAUAAUGUUUUCAAUUCAAGUUAUUUAAUACAAAAUCAUAGUCAUUCUGAUUGUCCAAUACACGGAAGUAAAUCUUUUACACAUUUAGAAAAAUCUUCCCAUGAAAAUGAAAAAAAAGACUAA